CACUACCCGUCAUCCCGCGUGCAGAUCGCUCAUGCAUAUUUAUGAGUCGUUUCUGCAGUGAGGCGGCUGGACAUUAUUGAUGUAUUGCUGAGGAGGUGGCAGUUUCUGCUCGGUGGAGGAAAAAAAGGGCCUGAUUUAGUUUUCCAGAGCGCACCCGCCUUCGACCAGUCAUCCGCCCGCUGCUCGCGCAACCAGCGUCUCGAUGCAGUAGCUGCGCGCGCGUCACUAAUGGCAACCUGCGCGCGAGAGGAUGUGUGUGCGCCUUCUUGAGGGAAACCGAAAACCGAGUAUAACUUUGGAUUUAACCCUUAUAUCGAAUAAUUUGGGAUAUGAUUAGGCGCGAUUGUCUGAACCGAAUGGAUGCGGGAAUGAUGCCUCUCCGUGUCGGGAAUUCCUUUCUGUGUCUCUUUGUAGCGUUGAUGAGCUCAGUGGUUCAUACCAGCAUCUCACUGCCUCAUUACGGAGACGCCUUGGUGAAGACAAGGGCUCGGCGUGAUGACGCCAGGUUCCUCGGGAAGGAGAGCACGGUACCGGUUCGGUUGAUGUACCGAAUAGACGGAGACACUCAGACGCCUCAUGAUGUUCUGAACACACGGGUCCGAACGAGCUCUGACAGUAAACAGAACCACGUGGCUCAGGCUAGCUUCCAGGUUGAGGCCUUCGGAAAGACCUUUGUUUUAGACGUGGAACUGAACCAUGAUCUUCUAUCAUCAAAUUACAUUGAGAGGCACAUAUCGGAGGAGGGGAAGUCAGUUGUCAACAAAGGUGGAGAACACUGUUACUACCAUGGGAAAAUACGUGAUAUUCUGAAAUCAUAUGUGGCGCUUUCAACUUGCCAUGGAUUACAUGGGAUGUUUUUUGAUGGGAAUCACACGUACAUGAUCGAACCGGGAAGAGAGAAUACUACGAGUGAGGAGGUUCAUGUGCACAUGAUUUAUCAGUCUCAUAGCUUGGACGGCCCAGAGGACUUCAUUUCUGCAGUUCAUCUGGCAGAGUCACCAUUCCAGAACCCUCCACUGUUCAGUGCCGCCCACAGAAGGAAAAAGAGACAGGUAUCGCGAAAUCCACGGAGUGUUGCAGAUGAGACCAAAUAUGUAGAGCUGAUGGUCAUAAAUGAUCAUUUAAUGUACAAGAAGCAUCGCCUUUCCGUUGGACAAACAAACAACUAUGCCAAGUCUGUUGUAAAUAUGGCUGAUCUGUAUUUCAAAGAGCAACUCAACACUAGAAUUGUCUUGGUUGCAAUGGAAACUUGGGCGGCAGACAACAGGUUUAACAUCAACGAUGACCCCAUGGUCACAUUACGAGAGUUUAUGAAGUACCGAAGAGACUUUAUUAAAGAAAAGUGCGACUCCGUUCACCUUUUCUCGGGCAACCGUUUCCAUAGCAACUGGGGAGGAGCUUCCUACAUGGGCGGAGUCUGCUCGCUCACUAAAGGAGGCGGAGUCAAUGAGUAUGGAAAGGAAAUGGCCAUAACUCUCGCUCAGUCACUGGGACAAAAUAUCGGCAUCUUUUCCGAUAAGAAGCGCAUUUUAAACGGGGAGUGCAAGUGUGAAGAUAAAUGGUCUGGCUGCAUAAUGGAUGAUGUUGGCUUUUACUUACCCGAGAGAUUUUCUGACUGUAACGUGGAAGAGUUUCAUGAUUUUCUGAACAGUGGAGGUGGUGCGUGUCUCUUCAACAAACCUUCAAAGCUCUUGGAUCCUCCAGAGUGUGGAAAUGGUUUUGUGGAGGCAGGAGAGGAGUGUGACUGUGGAAGCCCAGCCGAGUGUGCUAGAGAAGGGGAAAACUGCUGCAAGAAAUGUAUGUUGACGCAGGGAGCCAAAUGCAGCGAUGGCCUCUGUUGUAAAAACUGCCAGCUGGAGUUUAUGGGUGCACUUUGUCGUGAGGCUGUCAAUGAUUGUGACAUACCGGAAAUGUGCACUGGGAACUCCAGCCAGUGUCCUCCAAACCUGCACAAGAUGGAUGGGUACUCAUGUGAGAAAGACCAAGGAAGAUGUUUCAAUGGCAGAUGCAAAACCAAGGACAGGCAGUGCAAGUACCUCUGGGGAGAGAAAGCGACAUCGGCUGAUAAGUUUUGCUAUGAGAAGCUCAACAUUGAGGGGACAGAGAAGGGCAACUGUGGACGUGACAAAGACACCUGGAUUCAGUGUAAAAAACAGGAUGUAAACUGUGGAUACCUGCUCUGCUCCAACAUUUCUCCAGCACCCAGACUAGGAGAGUUACAGGGAGGUUUGACUUCCUUCUCUGUGGCCCAGCACAGCGCAUCACUGGACUGCAGUGGAGGGCAUGUGCUGAUUGACGGCGACACUGAUCUGGGAUACGUAGAGGACGGAACGGCAUGUGGGACGGAUCGCAUCUGCUUUAACCACAAAUGCCUCCUAGUGCAGGAGUUCAACUUCAGCACGUGCCCUGGCACCAAUGAAAGGGUGAUCUGCUCCGGACAUGGGGUGUGCAGUAAUGAGCUCAGAUGUGUGUGUGACCUGGGCUGGGCAGGUGAGGACUGUAACUCCACCUCACCAUUGAGUUACCUGCUGGUGCGUCCCACAGCCAAAACAUCAGGCAUCGCAACUACUAACAUCAUCAUCGGGGCCAUUGCUGGCUCCAUCCUGGUCCUUGCACUGAUUCUAGGCAUUUCUGCGUGGGGAUAUAAGAGCUACAGGCAGCGUCAGUAUGUUGAAUCUGAUGUACAUCGAAGAUUCUGUCGUCAAAUGCCUCCGGGUGAUUACGUGAAGAAGCCAGGAGACGCGGAUUCUCUCUACAGUGACAUGCCGCAGGGCGUGAGCUCGAACUCUGGAAGCAGCUCCAAGAAGAGAUCUAACGGUCUGUCUCACUCGUGGAGUGAAAGAAUCCCAGAUGCCAAGCACAUCUCUGACGUCUGUGAAAACGGACGACCCAGGAGCAACUCAUGGCAAGGAAACAUCACAGGUACCCGUAAGAAGCUCAGAGGGAAGAAGUUCCGUCCUCGCUCCAACUCCACAGAGUAUUUAACCCCUUGCGUCAAAUCAGAGUAUUAUGUUACUAAAUGGGUAGAAGAUGUGAAUAAAAACACUGAAGGACCUUAUAUUAGGACUCUGUCACCGGCCAAAUCGCCCACCUCUUCAACGGGCUCCAUCGCCUCCAGCCGGAGAUACCCCUACCCCAUGCCUCCCCUUCCAGACGAAGAGAGGAAGGCCAACAGACAGAGUGCCAGGCUGUGGGAAACGUCAAUAUAAAAGAACUCCUCGAAACUGGUCUGCAAAACCUCCGUAAGGAUUUUCCUCUGCUUUUGUAUGAAUGAGAAAAUGAAACCAGUUACAAAAUACGGAAUUCAAAUGGAGAAACAAGGGACUAGUGAAUGGAAGAAUUGGGCGUGGUCUCCUUCUUCAGUAUUUGUGGCAUGGAGCCGUCUUACCCUAAAUGUUGAGGGGUGCGGCAUCAGGGUCAUAUUCCUGCUGUCAUUCGCAAACAGGACUCAGGAACAUGAUUUCAUCACGAUACAAACCCAGAAUGACAAACAACUGAGACAACAGCAGCCACUCGUGCCCUCAUUAAACCCCGCCUCCAAACACAUGCUGUCUUGUGAUUGCCCGGGUGCAAGAAGCUCAUGCAGGAGCAGGAAGUUAACUAUUGUUUUGAACGCACGCUGCCACUGUAGAACCUACUGCUGUAUGCAUGAGAAAACAUGUUUAUCGAUUCCUUGUAGUGUAACAAUGUACAAAUGAUUUUAGAUCUUUCACUCAAGGGUGCCGCAUGUAUCGAAGGACAGCUCCGUAGGCUGGUAAGAUUCAAUCACGUUUGAAACGCCCCCCCCCACCAUGUCCGCAUCACCAGAACACCAUCCGGCCCCGUUCAUAUGGUCACCUUUUCUCAGAGAAAUUUGUACAUAUGUCAUAUAAUUCAGAGUGAAAUGUGAGAUUGUAGUAUUUUUCGGUUUUAAUGUUUGAUCGUGGAGAGCGUGGCAGAACUUUUCUCCUGCUUUAGAGUGUCUGUCCUGUGAUCGUCUUUCUAAAUUUACAGAAUCCAUCCCAAGCCUAGUGCACGCUACAAGACAGAAGCGCUGUUUCAUGUUUUCUGCAUCCGUCCCAGAUCAUAGCACCACGUGGCAAUCACUAACGCUCUUGUGACGUGAGCACUUCUACUUUAGAUGGGGUUGUUAAAGGUGCUAUGAAAAUUUUUUAAGUCGUGAUGAAACAGAAAUAGCGACAGAUCUUUUGUUCCGCAUUCUGACGUAUAUCCGAGCGUAAUAGAUUGCAUAAAAAGAAAAAUGUAGGGCGAGAGCUUGGUUCGGUUGUUGAUUGGAUGGAGGCAGAUCUGAAUGUAAACUUGCACUCAGUUUUUUAAGAUAGGGGCGGAGUUUAAGUUAAGCAGACUAAAUUAUUGGGAAAGUCUGGCAGAGAGAAGUAUGGCAAAGAUCGAGUUAUGACAUUUUAAACAUUACAUAGUCAAAAAUUAUUUAAAAAUGAAACAUGCAUGGAGGAAUCAUUCACAAUAAGAUCAACAACAUACAUUUAGAAAAUCAGUGAGUUUAUGUAAUUGCACAAGUGCUAUCCUGACAACACAAGAGAAAAUUAAAUGUGGACCAUGCGCUUCUGUUUUGUAACGAGCAAGAGGCCUUAGUUUGUCCCUGUCGGUGUUUCAAAUGUGUUUAUUUUCCCUCAUUUUCACAACCUAAUCCAAUUCUUUCAUUCACUCAUUGUCAUCCUCCCAUGUUAUAUAUUAAUUCUCUCGUAAGCGUAAGGAAUGUGAUUUUAGCUGAUUGUUUUGGGAACUUGGCUUUUUUGUGGUACAUGCUGCAUUCAUAAAAACGACAGGAACAGAUUUGCAUAUAUCACCUAUCCACCUUAUUUUUUAUGUAAUAGGAACAAUUAAAACUUGAAUGUGCAAGCAGAAAUGGCCUUGGUGCAAGGAAUCCGGUGUCAACUGUCAACAAAGACAGCACAGCUAACAAAAAAAAGUUUCUACGAAUGUUUUGCUUAUGUUCCCAUUAAGCUAUGAAAACAUUAUUUCUGAAUGUUACAGAGAACAUUCCCUGUUCACUGGUAGUCCGUUAUUCUUCUUCACAUGGCAAACUGGUAUUUGUUCUCAUUUUAUUUUUAAUUCAUUCUCGUAAACCCCGGUUUGCAGUGCAAAUAGUUUUACAGUUAACUGCACACUUAGUUAUUCUUGUUUACCCGAUGAUGAUUCGGUCGUCUCGCUCAUUUCUAACAACAACAAAAAAUUGUAUUUUCAAUUAAAUCCUUAAAUAUUUCCGUGUUGAAAAAAAAUUAGGUGGAUAGAACGAACGUCAGAAUUAAUGUCUAAUUCAGAAUCACAUGCUGUGUCCGAAAUCUCCCACUGCUCACUAUAUAGUGGACUAUAUAGUGAGCUCGCCAUUUUGUAGUGCUGUCCGA